AUGAAGAGAGUGAGAAACAGACUGAACACAGAUGAACUGAUCAGCAGAAGAGAUGACACUCUACUGCUAGAUACAGUGACUACUGCCACAGCUGCAAAGAAAGCAGGAGAAGAAGAAGAUGUGAUAAUAAGAGCAGUGCUUUCACGGCUCAUUGACACUGCUGCCUCUGCCUUCAACCUGACUUUCUUGAUGGUCACAGAGGCUGCUGCCACAUCACAAAGACAUUUAUUCACUAGAAAACAUCAGAAUAAGCUCUCUACUGUUCUUCAAGAAUGA